AGUAACUCUCAGAUUUUACUGAAAGUCAUUGCUAUUUUAAUGCUUGUCUGGCAGACUCAGGCAACUCUUCUUAAUUUUGAAGAAACUAGGCACAAUUUUGUGAGGGAGAUACAGAAGAGUCAUAAUGGCAGAUGAAUGAAAGAUGUGAUUACUCAACUAUUUUCUAGUGAAUCAAAUUCAAUUCAUACUAUCUCUCAAGGACUCAACAUUGAUGAAAAUACCAAGGCAAAAAUUGCUAUCGAAUUGACAAAUUGACACUUCAGAAGAUCAGAGAGGCCAGAAGUUCAAUGUGAAAAAGAGAUGGAAAUCAGGGAGUGAACACAAAACCUCAUCCGAAUUGAUACAAAAGGAGAUUAUUGGUCAUCAUAUACUCUCUUCUACACACAUAUUGAUAACCUUUAUUUUUACUAUAAAAGUGAAAAUUGGCAGCAGAACACUGAGAACCUGAUUGACUCUUUAUAUGAAGCUUCUGAACAACUGAAAUUUGAGAUCCAGUCACAAAGGUUUGAUGCUCAAACCUUUAUUUUCUACUCAAUAAUGGUUAUUUUAGGCUUUCUCUGAGGUUUUUCAAAACAAACAGAACAGGCGAGGAUUCGAAUUCUUUUCACUGCAUUGCUGACUUUCUGUGCGGACUUCUUCAUUCUCAGUAAUUCUCAAGAAAUUGACAAAAUAAAUAAAUCAAUAAUCUCAAAUUCCCAAUCUCCUCUAGUGGCUAUUACCAGAGUCUGUUCAGCCUGCAUCUCUGUAUUUUGAGUCCUGAAUUCUAUCAGAUGUAAGCGAGAUUACUCCAGAAUCAAUUUUAAGCAACUAGAGGACAUUAACCACUCACUAAAUUCUGUGAAGAGGAGGUCUUGCAAGCUAGAAAAGAUGGUAGGUGAGAAGCAAGAGAGCUUAUCAACGCCCAAAUGGGUAGUCAAGUAUAAAAAUAUCUUCAUGAAUGCUGUAUCUAAUUAUCAACAACAGAGUAAUGUAAAAUCUCAGUUAAGAAUCAAGAAAUAUAUUGGUAAAGGUAGUAAGCCGUUAUCCAUUGCGUACCAGACUCCUUUGCCCAAGAAGCUCAAAGGUCUCAAACCCAGGAGUCUUUAUCCUAUUAGAGAGGAGAAUUCACCGGCUCAGUCACAAUACAUGACUCAGAAAAGAUCAACUAGGCAAUUUGGUGUUCUUUAAUUACUCUGUAAACAAUUCAGUCCAAA